AUGGCUGGAAAAAAUGCUGCUGUUGGACUAGAUCUUAAUGAACCAUUUGUAGAAGAUGUUUCAAUGCUUGAUGAUUUGGAUGAAGAACCAUGCAGCAACAAUAAACCAACAUCCAGAGCAGAAGGUUCUAAAAAUUCAGAGCAAAGCAAUACAGCAGCGAAUGCAAAUCCAGAACAUAGCAAGCAUGUGAAUCCAGAGCAGAGCAACAUAGGUGCUUCUGGUGACAUGGAAGCUACAACGGGUCAAACCCUGUCAAGUGACGAUUCAGCAGGUGAUGAUGAAGAAGUUCAGUCAACACCAUGCAGUCAAACUGAAAUCCAAACACCUUUCCCAGGAAUGAAAUUUGAUACAUGGGAGGAGGCAAAGAUGCACUACAACAAAUACGCCCAUAAGAUUGGAUUUCCCAUCAAGUGUAGUACAUCGAAGAACUCGACUCGUGAUGGCCAGAAGGACAAGCAGUUGUUUGUUUGUAACAAGAAUGGAAAAAAUGAGGACAUUAAUCAGCUAGAAGCUCCUCUGGUUCGGCAGAGGAACCGUACCAGCACUAAGAAAACAGAUUGCAAGGCUAGGCUGAGAGUAAAGAGAAAAGGGCAGAAGUGGCAUGUGACAUACUUCAUAGAAGAGCACAAUCACAAUUUGAUUCGGAAGUUCUCCCUGAAGAAGUACUUAAGGUCUCAUAAAGGGAUUCCCAAGGAAGAAAAUGAUUUUGUCAGGAUGUUGCACAAGGUAAACCUAUCAGCUGGUAGGAUUCUGAGGAUACUGGGAGAAGUGUAUGGUGGACUAGCUAAUGUACCCUAUGACAACAAAGAUGUAAGCAACUUCAUGGCUGCCAUAGAUGAAGAACAUAAGCACAAGGACAUGUCAAUUUUGCUUGCUCAUUUUGCAAAAGUGAAGAAGGAAGAUCUAGACUUCUACUUCAAUUUACAUACAGACCAUGCUGAUAAGGUUGACCGCAUCUUCUGGGUUGAUGGUGCUGCAAUAGCAGCUUACAAAAACUACAGUGACUGCCUCUCAUUUGACAGUACCUACAUGACAAAUGAAUACAACAUGCCGCUUGCUCCUUUCAUAGGGAUCAACUGGUGGGACAUUAUGCAGAAUGCACAGGCUGUGUUGGGUAAUUUCUUGUCUAAACAUGAGGACCUAAGGCAGGAACUGAAUGAAGUAAUUGACUACAGCAUGUCAAUUGAAGAGUUUGAAAUGAGGUGGGCAGAGAUGAUUUUGAAACACAAAGUAUCUGACAACACACAUCUGAGUGAUCUAUAUCAUCUUAGAGCCACAUUUGUCCCACCCUAUUUCAAGGAACGCUUUUUCCCGUUCCUACAGACUACUGAUAGGAGUGAGGGGUUCAAUGUAGUUUCAAAAAGGUACAUUAGCCCACACAACGGCCUACACAAUUUUUUCGAACAAUACUUGAAGUUGCAAGAGAAGAUUGAUGUUGCAGAGGAUUCAGUUGAAUUUAAGGAUGAAGAUGAUAUUUUCAGGCUAUGGGGAGAUUAUCCAUUGGAACAGCAAGCUUUGGAUUUGUAUACGCACCCCAUCUACUUGCGUUUCCGAGCAGAACUAUGGAAAGUUAUGUCCUACAAUGUCCAGCAUGUUGAUGGCCAAAAUUAUGAUGUUAUGUCAAUUAAACCUUAUGUUUACGGAUAUGGUAAGAAUAGGUACAUGGUUGAGGCUAACAAGGAGACUGAAACUUACAACUGCGAGUGUUGCAAGUUCAGUAGGGAUGGCAAGGCAUUAACAGACAAAUACAUGCUAGCUUUAGAGAAAGAUUUGUUAGCAAUGAAAGCUUCAGAGUCUGCAAAACGGAAAAAUAAAAAGAAGACUAAUGCAACUGAAGAUGAGGCACCAGAUGUAGCAAAUGUUGGUGAUUCUGGGCAAGGCAGUUCUACAAAAUUUGAUCAUGUUGAAGAUCCAGAGAUGUACAAUCGAUGGUCAAGCAAGGAAGAUAUGAUUUGCACAUAG